AUGUGUUUAUUUGUUUCUCAUCCGUCUGUACUCAAUAAAAGGACUACCAGUUUGUUAGUUUUUUUGCUUUUUAAUGAGGCAGGCCUUACCUAUCCUCCAAUUCAGAAGAAGAGUUUGUCUCCUCAUCUACUUGAGACACCUCAUGUUUGUCAAUUAUUCACAUGGAUGUGGUUAAAGAUUAGUGAAUAUUUGCGCUAUGCACAACUAGUAUUCAUCAAUCAUUCAAAAAAUCAACCCAUACAACACUUCUCUACUGAUGCUACAACAACCUAUUCAGCAUUAAACCAUCUAGUAUUUAUCCGGUAUCCAUCUAGCAUCCAUCCACCCAUUCAUAACAGUUCUAUCUCUCCACUCAACAACUCUUCCAUGAUCUUUUUAUUUAUUCCAGAACCAUCUAUUUAUCUUACCCUAUCCUCACGUCCAUUCCCAUCUUGUGAAUGUUCACUACACCACACUUCUUAUAUGGAUGGACGAGAAGCUAUUCCAUCGGCUUAA